AGAGAGGGCGCCAGAUAGAAAAUGCGGCGAUUAUCGAAGCAACAUGGCUGCGCCCAUCUGAACAUUAUUUUGUGCAGGAAGACGUGCAAUAUAAAGUGUCAAAAUGAAUGUUUGCUGUCGCCUUUUGAGUCGCAGUUUGUGGAGGAAUGUGGCAGGCACAUAUAGGUCAUAUUAUGGUGAAAGAAUUGCCACGAUCGGAACACCACCAGACAAGAAUUCGGACCAAUACAAGGAAAACUAUGUCCGCAUGAAAGAGCUAGUUGCUGAGCUGAAAUCAAAUGUAGCUACAGUCACACAAGGAGGUGGGGACAAGAGCAUCCAGCGUCAUGUAUCCCAGGGGAAGAUGCUGGUCAGGGAUCGCAUCAAUAAUCUCCUGGAUCCAGGCUCCCCAUUUCUGGAGUUGUCUCAACUGGCUGGCUACGAUCUGUAUGGUGAAGAGGAAGUGCCUGCCGGGGGAAUUAUCACGGGUAUUGGCAGGGUGUCUGGGGUUGACUGUAUGAUUGUAGCCAAUGAUGCAACGGUCAAAGCAGGCAGUUACUAUCCAAUCACAAUCAAGAAGCAUCUACGAGCACAAGACAUCGCCAGAGAAAACAACCUGACCUGUGUGUAUUUAGUGGACUCAGGAGGAGCUAAUUUACCCCGGCAGGAUGAAGUCUUUCCAGACCGAGACAACUUUGGCCGCAUCUUCUACAAUCAAGCCGUCAUGUCUAGCAUGGGCAUACCUCAGAUCGCCGUUGUCAUGGGUAGCUGUACCGCUGGAGGUGCGUACGUACCUGCCAUGGCUGAUCAAAGCAUCAUUGUCAAGGAGCAGGGAACCAUCUUCCUUGCUGGGCCGCCAUUGGUACGGGCAGCUACUGGUGAGGUGGUGUCUCCCGAAGAAUUGGGCGGAGCAGACCUCCAUUGCAGGACGUCGGGCGUGACAGACCACUUUGCAGAAGACGACAGUCAUGCGCUGUACCUCGCCAGGAGAACAGUGGCCAACCUUAACCGGAAGAAAACUACAAAUAUUCCAAUUCAGGAGCCGCGAGACCCAGUUUACUCAGUUGAUGAGUUGUACGGCAUUGUGCAAAGCGACUUCAGCAAAGUGUAUGACAUCAGAGAGGUCAUCGCAAGGGUCGUUGACGGCAGUGUGUUUGAUGAGUUCAAGACGCUGUACGGAGACACGUUGAUAACAGGAUUUGCUCAUAUCCAUGGUUACCCAGUAGGUAUCCUUGGUAACAACGGGGUGCUGUAUUCAUCGUGUGCUUUAAAGGCUGCUCACUUCAUUCAACUAUGCUGCAAACGGAAAAUUCCCCUAAUAUUUCUACAGAACAUCACAGGUUUCAUGGUUGGCCGAGACGCGGAGGCGGGUGGUAUAGCCAAGAAUGGAGCCAAGAUGGUGAAUGCCGUAGCAUGCGCCAACGUUCCCAAGAUCACGGUCAUCGUAGGUGGGUCAUUCGGUGCCGGUAACUAUGGAAUGUGUGGACGGGCCUAUGGUCCACGAUUCCUGUAUAUGUGGCCCAACGCGCGGAUCUCCGUCAUGGGAGGCAAGCAGGCAGCUUUGGUACUGGCUCAGGUACAGAAAGCACAGAAACAACGAAUGGGACAAGAGUUCACUGCCGAGGAGGAAGAAGCCUUGAUGAAACCCAUCUUGGAGAAAUACGAACAAGAAGGAAGUCCUUACUAUUCCAGCGCUAGGUUAUGGGAUGAUGGAGUGAUAGAUCCUGCCGACACGCGCACCAUCCUUGCGCUUAGUUUGAGCGCUGCCCUCAACGCUCCUGUACAGAACACUGACUUCGGUGUCUUCCGCAUGUGAUGACAAUUUACAGAGACAGUUAUUAUAAAUAGAUAUCAUGAUCAUGAAAUUCAGAGUAUUUUGAUGCUCGUUAUGUUCAGGAUCAUUGUGAAGCGAGUCAGCAAAUGUUGGCAGAUAAUCACAUGCACUUGUAGGGGGCACAAACAAUUUGAGAAAUAAGGGAAAUCGCCAAUUUCUUUUGUCUUAACGACCAAUUUCACUGUACAUUCACUUUAAUCUUUAAGCAAAUUUGAAUCCCCGGAUCCUGAUUGGUCAAUCCAUGGCAACAACAGUGCAAUAUUGCAUAUAACAGUCCACAUCACACGUGCACACGUAACAGGACGACUGCUGAAAAGUCCGAGUAGAGCAUGCGUGUUCCAUCUUUACUGUGCAUAAGUUUGCUUGAAGAUAUAUUUGUUAUCCCACUCGCGCUUGUGGAACGCAGAAAAUGUAGCGCGUCUGUGUUCCCUAUCUUUGAAUGGGUGGUACAUAUAUAUAUGUGGGACACAGACUCACUACAUUAUUCCGUAUUCCACUCACGCUCGUGAAUUAUCUAAAAGUGUACCACAUCAACGGCUAUUUUGAAAAAUUGCGGACACAGUGCUUUUGCCAUUGGGUAGAUCUGGGGAAGAGGGUUGCUGUAUGUAGAAAGUUUCCUUUUUCCAGGUUCUAGUUUUUGUUUGUAAAGUUAGAAACUAGAGAAUUUGAAUUGCCAGACACGCACAAUCACCAAGUGUGUCCAGCUUCCGUAGGAACAAGCAACAAAAAUAUCAGGGAGUAGACCGUGACAACAACAUGUGCACCCCUCCCGUGCUACACGAUAUGCUACAACCGCACUCAUCAUGUGUAUGUGCACUGGUACUUUGUAGGUCUUUUGUCAGAAACUUGGCUGCGCAAUAGCAGUUUUGUUUGGGAAUAAAAAGGGGCAGGCUUCACGGAUCAGCUGUUAGUAAUUACACAACUUACACACACACAAAAAGGACCAACAUUGACAAGUGGUUGCAUGAUCACACAUGAUGGUUAAUACUGUUUUAAUACCUAAAACAUCGGUUUCAGUUGGAUUUUUUAAAAUUAUUGAAAACAUUAAAGCACACAAGAAAAAAAAAAUGUUUUGAAUACAGCAAGAAAACUGACCAAUAGAAAUGGCAUAUACAUUACAGUAGUCAUGUACUCAACACAAUCUGAGCCAUCUAGGGGUACUUGUACUUUAAAAAUGCAGAGGGACAUAAAGGAUUUGUAGUUAAAUUCA